GGCGGGCCUCAGACACGCUAUGCGGGUUGCGGGGCUUGGGGGCCGGGCGGCUGUUUCCUGUCCUGGUGCAUGGUGGUCGGACGAAGGAAUUGUUGGAAAAUUUUCUCGGAGGUAGAAAAUGUUGUUAGCCCAGAUAAAUCGGGAUUCUCAAGGAAUGACAGAGUUUCCUGGAGGAGGAAUGGAGGCUCAACAUGUUACCUUGUGCCUCACAGAAGCAGUAACUGUGGCAGAUGGUGACAAUUUAGAAAAUAUGGAAGGUGUAAGCUUGCAAGCAGUAACACUUGCAGAUGGCUCUACUGCUUACAUACAACACAAUUCUAAAGAUGGGAAGCUCAUUGAUGGCCAAGUCAUUCAGUUGGAAGAUGGUUCUGCUGCCUAUGUUCAACAUGUGCCCAUACCUAAAAGUACAGGGGACAGUUUGCGUCUAGAGGAUGGUCAAGCAGUGCAGUUAGAAGAUGGAACCACAGCAUUUAUUCAUCAUACCUCCAAAGAUAGUUAUGACCAGAGUGCAUUACAGGCUGUUCAGCUGGAAGAUGGCACCACAGCCUAUAUCCACCAUGCAGUGCAAGUCCCGCAGUCUGACACCAUCUUGGCAAUUCAGGCCGAUGGGACAGUGGCAGGGCUUCACACUGGCGAUGGCACAAUUGACCCUGACACUAUCAGUGCUUUGGAACAGUAUGCAGCAAAGGUGUCCAUUGAUGGAAGUGAAAGUGUAACAGGUACUGGAAUAAUUGGAGAAAAUGAACAAGAGAAAAAAAUGCAGAUUGUCUUACAAGGACAUGCAACAAGAGUAACUGCUAAAUCUCAACAGAGUGGAGAAAAAGCAUUUCAAUGUAAAUAUGAUGGAUGUGGAAAAUUAUAUACAACAGCUCAUCAUCUCAAGGUCCAUGAACGGUCACACACAGGAGACAGGCCUUAUCAGUGUGAACAUCAAGGCUGUGGGAAAGCUUUUGCAACAGGUUAUGGAUUAAAAAGUCAUGUCAGAACUCAUACAGGAGAAAAGCCAUAUCGGUGUUCAGAAGAUAAUUGUACCAAAUCUUUCAAAACAUCAGGAGAUCUACAGAAACAUAUUAGAACUCAUACAGGAGAAAGGCCCUUUAAGUGUCCCUUCGAAGGCUGCGGUCGGUCCUUUACAACAUCAAAUAUCAGAAAAGUGCAUAUUAGGACACAUACAGGAGAAAGACCUUAUUAUUGCACAGAACCAGGAUGUGGGAGGGCAUUUGCCAGCGCAACCAAUUAUAAAAAUCAUGUGAGGAUACACACAGGGGAAAAGCCAUAUGUUUGUACAGUUCCUGGGUGUGACAAAAGGUUUACAGAAUAUUCUAGUUUGUACAAACACCACGUCGUUCACACUCACUCCAAACCAUACAACUGUAAUCACUGUGGUAAGACAUACAAGCAGAUCUCCACGCUGGCUAUGCACAAACGGACAGCCCACAAUGACACUGAGCCCAUUGAGGAGGAGCAAGAAGCCUUCUUUGAGCCUCCCCCAGGUCAAGGCGAAGAUGUUCUUAAGGGGUCCCAGAUCACAUAUGUUACAGGUGUAGAAGGAGAUGAUGUUGUAUCCACACAAGUAGCCACAGUAACCCAGUCCGGGUUGAGUCAACAAGUUACACUUAUAUCCCAGGAUGGGACCCAGCAUGUCAACAUAUCUCAGGCUGACAUGCAGGCCAUUGGCAACACCAUCACAAUGGUAACGCAGGAUGGCACACCCAUCACAGUCCCUGCUCAUGACGCAGUCAUCUCUUCAGCAGGAACACACUCUGUUGCUAUGGUCACCGCCGAGGGUACAGAAGGGCAGCAGGUUGCAAUUGUUGCUCAAGACCUGGCAGCAUUCCAUACAGCCUCAUCAGAAAUAGGGCACCAGCAGCAUAGCCAUCAUUUAGUAACCACAGAAACCAGACCUCUGACCUUAGUGGCAACAUCCAAUGGCACCCAGAUUGCAGUUCAGCUUGGAGAACAGCCAUCUCUAGAAGAAGCCAUUAGAAUAGCAUCUAGGAUCCAACAAGGGGAAACGCCAGGGUUGGAUGACUAAUCCUCAAAACAAUGAAGCAAUAAAGCAGAAGGAGCCUUUCAUCUUGUGGCAGCAGAAAUCCCAUCUUCUGGCAGCAGAAAUGCCUGAAGCCCGGGCCCUGGAAAACCAGAAGUUUUCCAUUCCUGAUACACUGUACACAUUUUUAUGCAAGAGUGGAGAACAUUUUAUUCUUGACACUUUUGUGUAUAUAACCCUUGGAAUAGAUUCCCAAAGUGAUUCAUUGUGUACAAGGAAGUAUGAAAUUAGGGCAAUACAGUAAAUUUUCAUGUUACUCUUUUAUCAGAUCACAAACUCCUAGAAUCCACUUGCAAGACCAGUGAAGUCUUUCAGAGUGUUAUAAUGGAUUAUUAACUUACUGUGAAAAAAAUAAAAAAUAAAGCCUGUAUCUAAAAUGUCAAGGUUCUACAUGUCAAACAAUCAUAAUUCCAAAAGCCAUCAUGGUCAAUAAAGGAUGUAAAGCCUUCAGAUAUUUCCCUGAGUUAGUAGAGUGUCUGCAGUUUUUUGUUCUACUAUAUACUUGUUCAUUUUUAUUUGUAUCUCAUGGUUUGAAGACUAUCCCUGUUACAUACCAACCCUUGGAGCUUAAAUGCUAAUUUUAUUAGCAUUAAUUGGAUUAUGUAUAGAAUUAUAAAGUUUGGUUAUUUAAAAUUAAAACAUUAAAUCCAGCAUUUGGGUUUUGUUAAA